CACCUUUACUUUUUUUCAAAUAUCCCGUUAUAUCCUUAUUUCGUAGCCAACUUCAAACCCAGUUCUUACGCUAAAUUAGGGCAGCCGUUCAAUACUCCAUUCAAAAAUCGAAGGGGAAGAAGGUCGUCGCACCAAUUUGAAGCCAGAUGAUCCAAAAUACCUAACUUCCACUAACUUUCCUUCUUAAAACUUCUACGUACUGGAUGGUGAAAAAUUAGACUGCUGCUCGUCAUUAAUUUUGAGGACACAUAAAAAUGUCUUCUGAACUUUUGACAAUUAAUGUUAAUUAACCUUAUACUGAAGUAGAAGAUGAAUGGGGGAAUUCUUCAACUGAUGAUUCAGACUCAGGGGUCUCUUCUUGCCCCUCCUGGGCAUUGGAAGAUAUGGAAGGGGGCGAUGAUGAUGACAUCUUCUCUGCAAGGCCACCAGACCAUUCACGAAAAGUAUGGGAGUGUGUGAGAAACUGCGUGAAGGAUAGGAAACAAAAAAGGAAAGAGGUAAGAGAUGCUGAAAAAACAAGAAAAAUCCUAGAAAAAGAAGAAUGGUAUAGUGAUGGUGAAAAAGAAGAAUUGAGGGAGGAUCAGUUUGAAUGGGGUGAAAGUGUUGAUAUGCAGAGCUAUGAAUUGGCUUCCGGACAUAGGUUCCCUGAUCGGAAAAUUUUUCAGAAAGUGUUAAAAGAUUGGUCUGUUAGGAAAGGGUAUGAUCUUAAGUAUCCAAAGUGUGAAGCCAAGGUUAUAACUGCUGUUUGUAAGGGUGGGUGUGAAUGGAGGAUGAGACAAUCGGUGAUUCAAAACAGCUCAACAUUUCAAGUGAAAACUUUAAUGGGAGAGCACAAGUGUUCUUUUAGAACAGAUAAUCAUCAAGCGGACUAUAAGUAUCUUGGGGAGAGGAUAUUGGAAGCUGUUAGGGACAAUCCUAAUGGGACCUUGGAUGCUUUGAAAAAUAAAAUUAAAAGUGAAUGUGGGAUAGAAGUAAGUAUGCAUAAGGUUUAUAGGGCUACGAUGCACGCCCUUUCUUUGUUAACAACUGACAUCCGUUUGCAAAUCAAAAGAUUGUAUGACUAUUGUGCCACCGUGGAGAAAUAUAAUCCAAGGAGUAGUAUGGUGCUAAAGGUUGAGAGGUCUCUAACUACACCCAAAUUGCAUCUACCUGCAUCCACUCAUCCCAUUUUUGUUUGAGCAUACAGGAUAUUCUAGGAGCAACAAUGCAGCCUGAUACAUCUAACUGCAUCCACUCAUCCCAUAAAGCUAGCCAAAAAGCUUCAAGUACAAAUAAAUAGGUUUGCAUGUGUGACCAGUUUAGUAUGGUAGAUUGGUAGUAACUAG